ACGCGAUUUUCACCUUACGAGCCUCUAAAACCCCAAGAAAGAAGGACAGCCGCUCCCGUCAACCGGCUACGUAUCGCAAUGGCCCCUCGCGCCAAGAAACAGCAGCCCGCGGCUCCAGCUGCCUCAAAGGACUCUCCGAUGGAGACACCUUCCAGCAAGACGCCUGAGCGGAAGCCCUCAGGCGGAAAUAUUCAGAUCACCGAGGCGCAGAAGCAAGCAUUGGUGGACAACCUACAGCUCGAGGUGACGGAAAGAGCACGCAAAUUAAGAGCGCAGUACGGGCUGUUGGCUCAAGGCUUGCGCUCUAGGCUCGAAAUGCGCGUUAACCGUAUCCCGCAUGCGCUGCGGAAAACAAAUAUUCAGGACCUUGUUUCGAAGAAUUCAGAACAACCGCCAGCCCCUACGGCCACCAACACCAUCACGCCCAUCCCGGUCCCUGUCUUCGUUCCCAAGAAGUCCCAAACCGUUGCGCCUCCCAAGGCUGCUGCCAGCCCGGAACGUACCCAAAGCCGCAAGCGCAGCAGCAACGAGAUCAUCGACAAAGAAAACGCCCAGCAGGAGUUGACCGUGCCAAAGAAGCGCGCCAAAACCACCGCCAAAGCAACCUCCAAAGCCGUGCGCAACAUCUCCCGCGCCGACGCCCCCUCCUCCGUCCUCUCCCCCAAGUCUAACAACUCGCGUACCCUUCCCCGCUCGCCCAUCAAGGAGGAUCUUACCCAGAAAUCCCCCAUCAAACCCACCGCGGCUACUCUCAACCGUCCGAUCUCCGUCCUUAAAGCCCCCACUCUCGCCGCUCCUGAAAGCCCCGCAAAGCCCGCCCCAGCCAAACCUGCCGCCCGCAGCAAGAAAGCAGCAGCAGCCGCCGAGCCGGCGCCAGCACCUAUGCGGGAGACACGUCAGCGCACCAGCCUGGCGAGCAGUCAGGGCGAGGAAGUUGCGGCCGUACCCGCGCCCGCACCCGCAAAGAAAAAGGCACCGGCGAAGAAGACGGCUGCCGCAAAGGGCGGGGCGACGAAGACGACGAAAGCCGCGGCUGCGAAGAAGGCGAAGGAGACGAAAGAGGCUGCUGCUGAGACGGCGAAGCCAAAGGCAACUAGGACUACGAGGGCGAGGGCUAAGGCGUAGAUGGGGAUGUGAGCUUUGUGUUUGUUUUUCGUUUCUGCAGGAGAACAUGGGGACGAGGCGUUUGGGCGUAAGCUGUGCGCAUGUACAGUUUUCUGAACUGGUUAGGCGUUUUUUGGGGUACUUCUAGAGCCGGCGGGCUGUGUUUGGGUCGGGCUAUUGGUAAAAGGAGUGCGGAUGCUGUAUACGUAGGCACCUAAAGCAUAGUAGAAGCAUUGGUUGCUGCUGCUGCUGCUGCUCUUGUAGGAGUGUAUGCGAUGG